AGAAUGUUCUCUGCAGGUGCCUUGGGCCAACCUAGACACAAGGCAGCACUGAAGACAUGGGCAAGACCAUUCCCCGGUGCCUGCAGCAGUUGGACUUCCGCAAAAGCUUUGUGGGCCUAGCUACAGGCGCCGGGGCCAUAUACCUGCUGUACAAGGCCAUCAGGGCUGGCAUAAAAUGUCAACCGCCUCUCUGCUCCAACUCGCCUAUCUGCAUCGCCCGUGAGUGUCCGGUCCCUGGGGAGAGGGCUCUGCCCCAGGAGGCACCUGCUCCCAAGGCCUCCUCUGGGGGAACGCCCAAAGGCCUGGCCAUCGAGAGAGAGCGCCACGGGCGGAACUCGGGUGAGAUCCGAAGGCUCCUGAACUCUCUAGAGUGCAAGCAGGACGAGUAUGCCAAGAGUAUGAUCCUGCACAGCAUCACCCGCUGCGUGUACUUGUUGGAGGCUGAGGCCUCGGCUUGUACUAUCGAUGAUAUCAGCUUGAUAGGUGAAAUGCUGGAUGACAAGGACAACAGUGUCAAAAUCCAAGCCCUGAAUGCCCUUAAAGCGUUCUCUGGCAUCAGGAAAUUCAGGUUCAAGAUCCAGGAACACUCCAUCAAGGUGCUGGAGCUCAUCUCUACCGACUGGGACACGGAGCUGCAUGUGGCUGGCCUUCGCCUCCUCAACAACCUCCCGCUCCCCGACUACGUGCACCCGCAGCUCAGGCGGGUGAUGCCCGCCUUGAUGGAGAUCAUGCAGUCAGACUGUAACCUGGCACAGGUGCAAGCCGUCCGCCUGCUGAGUUACCUGGCGCAGAAGAACGACCUUCUCUAUGACAUUCUCAACUGUCAGGUGCAUCCCACCUUCCUGAACCUCCUCCAGACCUCGCAGCCAGGAAAUCUGCUCUUCGAGGUGCUGGUCUUUGCUGAGCGGCUGAGCGAGGGCCGCAAGGCCACCCACUACCGAGCCGUGAAGUGGCAUUACAACGAGCAGUCCCUGCACGAAGCCCUCUUUGGGGACGAGUCCCGCCUGGCAGAUCGGCUGCUUUCCCUGGUCAUCCACCCCGAGGAGGAAGUCCAGAUCCAAGCCUGCAAAGUCAUAGUCAGCUUGCAAUGUCCCCAGGACUUGGGGUGCCGGCCCUCAGCCUGCCGUCCCAGCCAUUCCUACUUUAAAAACGGGGAGUAACGAACGUUAAAAAGAACCAAUAAAUGCGUACGGGAGGAAA